AGGCUUUGUGGGCGCCCAUUUAAUUUAAACAUUAAUUUACAAAGCAAAUGGCAGCAAAUUCUUAGUGAAAAGUUAAAAAAUAAAAAUAAAAAAAAUGGUAAUGAAACGAUUAAAAUGUGAUCUUAGUCCAGAGCUUACAACCUGCUUAAGACUUGCCGACAGUGUCCGUCCCGAUUGCUGUACCAUUCGGGAGCGUAUACCAUACGAUGCCGAAUGUUUUGUCAGGGAUAUCUGCAAGGAGCUAAAGAAUCUCUAUCAACGGCAUGAGAAAAGUUUCACAAAGCGAAUGCGUAUUUUGGAAUUGGCAGUACCCAGAAGGCCCCUGUGCCGUUUUAUACCAAAAUGUGCCUGUCCCUUCACGAAAACAAUUGAGAUCAUUCCAGCCCAAAUGCCCAUGCACACCCGGACCGAGCAACUCGCUUUGCCAACGGUCCGACGGUUGCUCUGUCGUUUAAAAGAGGCAAUUCGUAUCGGUGAUAAAAUUGGCGAGAGUAUUUUAAAUCGAUGGCUACGCAGCAGUUACCUUUCACUGUACAGUCGAUUGGCCAACUUGCAGCCGUUACAGAAGCCGGUAGAAAAAAAGAAGCUUACCGAUAAACAAUUGAAGAAACACAAUAAAUAUAUCAAGAAACUGGCGAAGCCGAAAGUUCCCAUCAAGCCACCAAAACCGGAACGGAAAGCGGGCGAGAUAGAUCAGCGCCGUCUCAAGAAACUAUCGAGUCCCAAGACAUACCUAGAGGACAUCAAGCCAGAGUGGGAGAUCACACCCGGUAUGCGUAAGUACAAGGCGACGGAUCGUGUUAAGAUCUUGGCCAAGCCAGUGGAACGCCCAAAUGUGCACACUAAUGUGAAUCCGGAAAAGAUCUCUCCCACUGCUCUGAAGUACAAACCGAGCGCGCGCAUCAAGGAGAUGUCGCAACCGCUGGCGAAGCACGAGGCCAAUUUGGGGCCAGGCGAUUUGAAGGACGAUCCGUUUGCCAUAUCACCAAACGCUCUCAAAUACAAGACAUCGGCGCGUAUGAAGGAGCUAGCCGAGCCAAAGGAGUUCGAAAAUACUCAUAUACGCGAGAAUCCUUUUGCCAUUUCACCGGCGGCACUCAAGGCCAAAGCCUCGCCGCGGCUUAUAGAAUUGGCCAAGCCCAAAGGCUCGACCUAAACAUUGUACAUGUAGUUGACUUGUUUGGUAUUACGUAUUUUGGUCCCUUCCUCGCUCUCACUUUAUAAAAUAAAACGUGAAAUGUU